AGUCUACUCAGCUAGACGACUAUCUUUAAAGACUGCGGUGCCGGACUGUGCAACAUCUAGAUGACUCUUCCAGGGUCUGAAACAGGAUGACUCGGUCAGAAGUCUCGCGUACGUGUGCACUGGAAUUGGUACUCGCGUUGUUAUAAACACCAUCGAUCGAGGCGUGAAAGAGAAUCAACGCCCCAUACCUCGAAACCAAAAUGGAGUCUAUUCCGCCUUCUUAUACUCCUUCCCCACCAUCACCGUCGUACACUCCGUCCCCGCCAUCGCCGUCAUACUCGACAGUGCUUCUUCCAGGAGAACAAACAGUUGAGGAGACUCGGCGCCAGGCUCUGCAAACUCAGAAUACUGGAGUCUUUCGUAGGAUAACAGACAACAUCACACUUGUUCUAAGGGAUCAGCGACCGGGGAGCAUAACGCCCAUUUACGGCAGAAAUGGACUCGUUCGAGGUCACGUGUCUUUGCGAAGUUCAGAAGGUCUCACUGAGGUCGCCUUGAAGCUUGAGGGUUACCUUCGUGUUGAGACAUCAGGGACAACCGUCACCACAUCAGUUGUAUCCGAUUUGUUUUCUUUGUGGAGUUCUUCAUCCACCGAGCCUUGUCCCAAGAUCCUACCGUUUACAAUAUUCUUUCCUUCUGCUUUCAUGGAUGGAUGUCAAUCACGACCUUUGCCCCCCUCAUUUGAGGAUAAACUUGCGACAGAUGGCACGUGUUCCUACACGCUUAGCGUCGUAGUCUCAAGACCUCGAAGAUUCUUAUCUUCUUUCCGCUCUAGUGAUUCUCUCGUUGUACCCGUAUGCUAUCAUCCACGUUCUCGCCCGCACACACCCAUGCUUCCGAGCGACGUACCGUUCAUGACCACGGUGAAGACCUCCCCCGAAGAAUGGCAUCAAGUGCUCUCCACCAUGAAUGCAACAAAGAGUUCCGGGCUCGCGCCGGUGCAAUGUCUUCUCUUUAUUCCUUCAGUACAGGUGUAUCCGUUGUCUGAGACCAUACCGUUCCACCUCCAAUUGCGUGCCCCAUCGAGUUCAUUAGCCCAAUUCGUUGAAAAAUAUGCACCUGAUCACGGCCUCCCUGUACUCCCCUCAGGGGAAAUCACCAUCCGCGUCUACUUACUUCGCCAAGUGGUUCGCAAAGUCUUCGAAGAACAAAGAUCGUCCAAUCGAAUAUUAGGAGAAGGCAAAUUGACAUACUCCGCUCCUCUACCUGAAAAUCAUCACUCAUAUCGCAACGUUCCCCUUGGCGAGGGCAUCGACUGUCUGGACUGGGAUGGCGAACUGCGAUGUACCGAAGAUGUCACAGUCGCAAGCUUCGCAACAAGUCCGCUCUCGGUCAGAGAUUAUAUUGUGCUCUCCCUCGAACCUCUGCAACCUAUGAGUUGCCCGCUUCUUGCUUCAAAACAAUGUCAUCCGAUUCGUCUGGUAACAGACCCAUGGUCGGAUCACGCAGUAACGUGGUAGCAUGGGGCCGAUUAUUUGCGGGAUCGACCCACUGCUCUGUUCCGCACGCUCUACUCUAUGACUUCUUAUAUUGGUCGAGCUUUCGUACAUAUCAGGUGACAACACCGUCAUGCCGGCGGCUAUUCGUGCUUAUAUAUGCUGUAGAAAUGACUUAGGUUUCCUAAUCAGGUGACAACACCGUAAUACCUCGGGAGCUGUCGUCUUACAAAUAUUAUAUUUCCUGCACGUUCUUUGUCACCAACCAUGAGAUUUUGAGACUCUUUUCAAGUGUUAUGUUGGAUUUACCAACCAUGCAGAAUAUAAGUUCCCGUCGGAACUGUAUUCAAAGUGU